AUUAUCAGUUUAUCACCAUUCUGCAAUUCUGUAAUCAUCAAUGCUCGUCACUUCUAUGCUAUAAGACUAGAGACUUAACUACUCCAGUAAUUCCAGUAUGCUUUUGCUUUUUGAUAAUCACAAUUCAUUCACCGACUCACAGUAGUACAGUACUAGUCACCACUAACCACGUGAAGGUUCAUGAUUUAAAUGUAAUAAAUUAUACUUUAUUUCAAAACCGGUAUCCCUUUUUCCGAUUCACUAUUUUGAAACGAAAUGACUUAUUCAUUACGAAGCUAUAAUUUGUAUUUUAAUUUGUCUUAUGUUCUAUUAUACUAAUGGCAUUACAAUGGCGAUGGAAAAAAUAUAACGUCCAAUUUAUAACUGUCUAGUGUAUUGAAUGUAUAAAAAACGAUUAAAAAGUAUAUACAAGAAAUAAUCAAAUCGACUUAUUAUUUAAAAGGUCAUGGAAUCUAAAUUCAAAUCAAAUAAUACACAAUUGAUUGAUGACCCUCGGUUUCGUAUAAAACCAGUACAACAAAUGGCUGCUGCUUGUACAGGAGCAUUAAUUACUUCCUUUCUUGUUACUCCAUUGGAUGUCAUUAAAGUACGCAUGCAAGCACAACCUAGAAUUACAAAUAACGAUAAAUGUUUUUUUUAUUCCAAUGGUUUAAUGGAUCAUAUUUGUCCAUGUAAUACAUUAAAAAAAAAUCCUUCUGAUAGUCCUUAUUACAGAAAUGUUCAAUGGUUCAACAGGCCUAGCAAAUUUAAUGGAACUCUUGAUGCUUUUAAACAAAUUAGCAAAAAUGAAGGAAUUUGGUCAUUAUGGAGUGGGUUGAGUCCAACAUUAGUACUUGCAGUACCUGCCACAAUUGUUUAUUUUGUAUCAUAUGAACAAAUACGAUGUAAUCUUCAUGAUUUAACCAAACCAUUUUAUGCAAACAAUGAUCAAAAUCAGCCAUUGUGGAUAUCUGGUGUAUCAGGAUGUGUUGCUCGUUUUGGAGCUGCUACAUCAGUCAGUCCAUUAGAACUCAUACGCACCAAAAUGCAGUCAAAAAAACUUAGUUAUUUAGAAGUACAUCAAGCAUUGCAAAGCUUAUUAAAAUAUCAUGGUUACAAAGGGUUAUGGAAAGGUCUUGGUUCUACCCUACUUAGAGAUGUUCCUUUUUCUGGUGUUUAUUGGAUUAUGUAUGAACAUAUUAAACAAAUAUCUGGCCAACCAACAUCAUUUAUGUACAACUUUUUAGCAGGGAGCAUAGCUGGAGCGUUGGCUGCUGCAUUAACAACACCAUUUGAUGUUGUCAAAACAAUACGUCAAAUUGAAUUAACUGAGAAAGAAAUUAUAACAGUAGUUAUUUCAGAACCUCCUGGAAAAGCUUCCAAAUGGACAUUCAAAGAAGUUAUUGACCUGUAUAAAGCAAAUGGAACACGUGCAAUUUUUAGGGGUUUAGUUCCUCGGAUAAUCAAAGUAGCACCUGCAUGUGCCAUAAUGGUAUCCACAUUUGAAUAUGGAAAAACAUUUUUUCAAAAUAGAAAUAUGCAAAUUUAUUAUAAAAAUAAUGCAGACAUUUCUUAGUACGAAAAAAAAAAUGGGAAAAUUGUUCAUGGUUACCAUAAAAAUAUUAAAUAUAUUAUUCACAUAUUUUGUAAA